CGUUGCUCACCAGGCUUUGUCAAACUCCAAGUGCACAUAUACAUCUGCAAUCUUGAGAGAGAGAGAGAGAGAGAGAGAGAGAGAGAGGAUUGAAGAUUCCCCCUCCCACCAGUGCUUCCGGUUAAUUUGAGGGAUUUGAUCAAAUGUGGCCCUUUUCAUCGUCUCCUUCGUUGGCUAAAUCCAUGUCUAGCAUCGACACCCCAGACACCAUGAUGGACGGGAGCAGCAGCUCGUCGUCGUCCGUAACUCAGACGCCGCCGCCGCGCAGCCCGCUCGACGUCGACGAGGAGUACGGCCGCGCGUUCAAGUCCAGGUCCUUCCUCGACCUCUGGUCGCACGCGCACCGCAGCCUCAGGCAGACAUUCAAGCUCUCCUCCUCUAGGCCCAGCACCAGCCUCGAAACGCUCGACGAUGGCGCUGCGGCCCUGGAUAAGGAGCCGUCGUGCUCCUACACAAUUCUCGACGAUUUCGAGCUGGAGCCGAGACCGGAGGCGCUCGCGCGGGCCGCUGGGCGUCGGCACCGGCGCCAGCGCCGGUGGGGGUGCCAUCGCCGCCACCGCGUGGAGGCGCUCCUGCUCGAGUACUUCGACGUGACGCGGGACGCCUGCGAGGCGUGCUCCGCGCUGCUCGCCGCCGUGGGAGCCGCGCGGAGGCACCACCUCGUGCUCCGGCGCCUGCUCCGCCGGCUGGACGUCGAAGGUGGCGGCGAUGACAACACUACCACUGCUGCCAGGGACGCGCUAGCGCUGCACGUCCGCCAAGACAACCCACUCUCGCCUGCGGGCAGCAGGCUCGACGGGUUCCACGAGGCGCACGCGCGCUGCAGCCCGCUCUCCAAGCGUCUCGCCGCGGCGCGGCGCCGGCUGCGUAGGCUCGCCAAGGCGGCGCGCUUCGCCCGGUGCGCGGCCGCGACCGCGGUCGUCGGUGCGUCGGCCACGGUCGUGGUGGCCGCGGUGGUCCUGGCCGCGCAUGCCGUCGUUGGCGUCGGCGCGGCCGCCGCGGUGGCCUUCUGCGCCACAUCCACCGAGCCCGUGGCGUGCCGCACGAACACCGUCAAGAAGCUGUCCGGACGGCUCCACGGCAGGCGAAGGCGGGGGCACGUACGCGCGGGCGAGGAGGUGGUGGACGCGGCGGCGCGGGGAGCGUACAUCGUUGGGCGCGACCUGGACACGGUGAGCCGCAUGGUGCGGCGCGCGCACGACGAGCUGGAGCACGGGCGCGACAUGGCGCGCAUCGCGGUGGCCGGCCACGGCGAGCGGCCGCUGCUCGAGGAGGUGGCGCGGGAGGAGGAGGAGUGCGGGGAGGACCUGAGGUCUCAGCUGGAGGAGCUGGAGGAGCACGCCUGCCUCUGCCUCAUCACCAUCAACCGGAGCCGGAGGAUGGUGGCGCAAGAGAUGGAGCGCGCCGGGUCACCGUCGCCGUCCACAGAAACGACGACGUCCAAAGACUAAUUCCUUUUCGUGGAGAUCAGACGCUAGUGUGUUGUUGCUGAUUAAUUAAUUUGUUUAUAUGUAAUUUUCCCUUGUGAUUCAAGGGAUAGUGGCAUGACGAAUAAAGAGUGUGUUUCUUU